AUGAAUCAGUGGCCGUGGGUAAAUAUCUAUAACAAAGCCGGCUUACCUGAAACGCUGGUUACAAAAAAUUGGAAGAAUACCACCAGUCCCUCAGGCUUCCUCUGCUGGAAAGGGGAGUCCCAACCAGGAAUCAUGGUGGUCAACCGACGAUAUUUAGCUGCGCGGCACCGGUUUACAUCGGUCCGAAGUGCACCUGACCGUUUCACAGCCACCUAUACAACUGCCAAAUUCAGAACCAAGUGUCUGUCUCACUUUCUUGCUUCUGGUGAAAGUGACGUUUACGACUCUAUCAAGUCAAUAUUGCUGCCGCCUCAUUUCAUCUCGGGAUGUUGCACUGUAGGACUGCCUCCACCUCAAGAAAGGGCCCUGAAACCCCCAUCGAAUCUCAAACACCGACCGUUGGUAGAGGAUGAUAUCCGAACAGAUGGACAGAGCAUAGGAUUCUCAUGUGUGAAUGAAGAUUUAUGGUGUAAUGCGAAGUGUAAUGAUAAGGGUACGAAGCACAAGGAGACAAGCUCAUGCCGAAGAGGAUACCGGACGAACCUACAUGACCUAGCUUCCUUUCUUCGUACUGGAGCCGCCCUUCUCGUAGACAUCUCCUUGCUCGACUACCAAGCUUAUUUGGUUUCGGAAGCAGUCAAUACCACCCAGGACACAAUCCAAGGAGAUAGGAAGCCGACUACGACAACGGACAUGCUACCAAUUAUACCAGUUCUGUGA